AACUGAAAAAUGGGGAAAAUAACAAGUGUACAUUUCAUAGGAUUGACAUGCGGAGGGAGUAUGUGGAAGGUGAUUAGCACAAUACUGGCACACAGUCAGUCCUCUGUAAGAGCUGAAAUUGAUAUUCCCAAGGCUGGCUCCUCCUCGUUCAGAUCGCAGACCAAACGUCAGCCCGCAGUGAGCCUCCAGCUUCCAUGGAGCAGCCCCACCUUCUCACUCCCUCGCGCCGUUUUGUUUCUUUCAGAGCAUUUUCUGCUACGGGAUCCUUUCUCUUUUGGUUUCCUUUUUUAGAAAGGCUGUAAGCUUUCCGAGGGGCACAAACCUCGGCUCAUCCUGCCCACUGCUGUUUCCCCAGCUCCUAGCCUACUGCCUGGCGCGUAGUAGGUGCUCAGUAAAUACUGGUUUGAAUAAGGGACGGCAGCACGGUGGGGCAGCGGCCACUUCCGUGCCAGAGCCUGCCACGCCACCAGCGCCACGACUCGCUUGGCUGGGGGCGGGGAGGGACACCCUGGGUGUGAGCCCUUUUCUCCUUCUCAACUUCCCCGUGUAACUUUAUGUGAGCACCACUCCAGUGGCUCCCGGGACGAGGCCACCGCCCCGGGAUCAGGCCCUUCCCGGUUCUGCCUUCGGGGAGGGGGGCGGGGGGUGACCCGCGAGAAGCCAGUUCCAGGCGCGUCCUGAAGUCCCUCCCGCCGCCCCGCGUCGCUUUAAGGCGGAGGCCGGGGAGGGGGCCACGCCACCCGGCGGCUCCGCGCACGGCUCCAGACUUCGGCAUUUCCUCCCCGCUCGCUGGCGCGGACUCCUGUCCCCUCGGAAGAGGAAGCUCCUGGGGCCGAGUAACGGGAACAAGCGCGGAGGAGAGCGGGAACGAGCGCCGAGGGGGUGCCCGGCAGUGCCGCGCAGGGUAGGAGGCGAGCCGGGCCGGGUCGGAAGCUGGCCGCGGGCAGCGCGCCGGGCCGCCGGGCGGGGAGGGGCGCCGGGCGGGACGCAGUGUGCGGCCGGCGCAGGGCGCGGCCCGGGGCCCGGGAGUGCAGGGCGGGCCGCAGCUGGAAGGAAAACUUGAGCUGGGAGAGGAGGCCGAGCUGGAGGGCGCCUUCCCCCGGCCCUGCGAGGGGGGAGCCGCCGCGGAGGCGAAGGAGACCGGGACCGCGGGGCUGCCGGGGCGCUGCCCGCAUGCUGGGCCGGGGGCGCCGCCGGGGCUCGCGCCCUGGGCUGCAAGGCCGCCGCUGCCCCGGGCGCCCGGUAUGUCGGUGCACUACACCCUCAAUCUGCGCGUCUUCUGGCCCCUGGUGACCGGCCUCUGCACGGCCCUCGUGUGCCUCUACCAUGUCCUGCGGGGAAGCGGGGGCGCCCGGGCCGAGCCCCCCGACGGUGCGGACGGCGGCUUCCCGCUGCUCAAGGUGGCCGUCCUGCUCCUCCUUGGCUACAUCCUCCUGCGCUGUCGCCACGCUGUUCGGCAGCGCUUCCUGCCGGGGUCUCCUCGCCUGGGGAGCCACCCGACCUUCUCUCCUAGACACUUCCGAGAGCCGAGUCUUGGCAUCUUGCUGGAGAGUUACUACGAGCACGAGGUGCGCCUGUCCCCGCACGUGCUGGGCCACAGCAAGGCGCACGUGAGCCGAAUCGUAGGCGAGCUGGUGCGAGCUGGCCGCGCCCGCGGGUCCCCCGGCCCCAUCCCUGGCGGGGCGCUGGCGUUGGCCUUCCGUGGAGACUUCAUCCAGGUGGGCAGCGCCUACGAGCAACACAAAAUCCGGCGGCCCGACGGCUUCGACGUGCUGGUGCCGCUGCGUCUCCCGCCGCUGGUGGCGCUGGAGCCGCGGAGCCUGGGCGCCGAGCCCGCGCUGGCCCCCGCCUUCCGCGGCUGCUUCGUGUGCGCCCUCAAGGCGCCGCCCGGGGCCUCCGGGAGCCACUGGCUGCGGGACUGCAAACCCUUCGCCGACGGCUUCUGCGUGGACGUGCUCGGGCGGCGUCACCUCUCUGCCGCGCUGGUGCUGCGCUGGUUCCAGGCGCACCUGCAGCGCUCCCUGGCCACCGUGCGCUACAGUCUGGAGGGGCGUUGUCGGGUCAGCCUGACCCCGGGCGGCCUGGAGCAGGCUCCCACCCUGCACAUCCUGCCCUGCCGCACCGACUACGGCUGCUGCCGCCUUUCCAUGGCAGUGCGUCUCAUCCCCGCUGUGCAUUUGGGCGACGGCGUUUUCCUCGUGGCACCGCCACCAUCCCCCUCGCCCGUCGGGCCUCUGUCGGAGCUCCCUGGAGGCCUGCGCACGGAUGCACUGUGGGGUGUGAACACAGCUCGGCAGGAGCAGAAGCUGCUGAGCUGGCUGCAGGAACGGGCCCCUCCAGGUGCCUGCUACCUCAAGUGCCUGCAGUUGCUUAAAGCUCUGCGAGACCUGGGCGCCCGCGGGUUGGACCCGACGGCCGCCACCCAGUGGGGACGCAUCCUGUCCUCAUACAUGCUCAAGACAGUGCUGCUGGCGGUGCUGCUGCGGGAGGGGGCUCCUGCUUCAGGCUGGGACGAGGCGCACCUGGGCGAGCGGUUGGAGGAGUUAGUGCAGUUCCUUAGGGACUGCCUGCUGAGACGCCAUACGCUCUUCCACUGCGUUCUGGGCCCUGGUGGGGCAGCUGCCGAGGUGGGCCCGCUGCCCAAGGUACUGCGUGAAGCUGCCCCUGUUGAUCUCCUGGCUGCUUUCGACAGGCACGCCCGGGAACUUGCAGCGGCGCGGUUGCUGUCCACCUGGCGAAGGCUGCCCCAACUUCUCCGGGGCUACGGGGGUCCUCGCUACCUUGCCAGGUGCCCCCCACCCCGGAGUCAGCGCACGCAGGGGUUCCCUGAAGAUCAGCCAUAAACCUUGACAGUGCCCCCACCCGGCCUAAUGCUCCUAAAGCCUCUCCCACCAGAUGGGGUGGGGACGGCAACGAAGCCAGUUUAAUGCAAGGAAAUGAGGUGCCAAAGGUGAUGGAAAAUUUGGCGGGUGACGUAUGGUGGCUUAUAUGUCCCCCCUGACUCCACAAUCCAGCGUAUCCUUAGCAAGCUACAGAAAGACCUCCAACACCAGCAGCUAAGAGUUGGUUCAAAUGUUGGUUUGUGUGGAAUGAUUCUGCAAAGGAUCCAGCUUUUAGGGAAGCCCAAUAAAGGAAACAAGAACUAGCUGCAGAGAAAGUUCCCUCUGUCAGUUUUUGAGACAGAUCUCUGGCCCCCAAAUUUUAAGAAGCUAUUUUUUCCCCCUAUAACUAUUUGCUCCGUCCUGGGUUCCUGGUUGUCUUUUUAAAAAUCGGAAUCUUUAUCUACAACUGGAAUUGAAGUUCUAUUCUAGGGGCUAAUGUUCUGAGGAAUACAGUUUUCACUAUUCAAAUUAAUAUUAAUGUGUUUUUUAAGUGGUGCAAUCACGGGUGUUUGACAGGACUGCAAAGAAUUAAGUCACAUGUGUUGAGGGGCAGUCAAGAGUUGGUUAGAGAAACUUCCAGAGCAAAUAGCACUUUAUUUUGAUCAGUCCUUUCAUUUUGUGGUAAUUGCCACUGCCAAGUGUUGCAUCCAAAAGGGAGGCCAGUUACCUUUAUUAUAAAGAAAUGUGCAGUCUUAAAAAGCAGGCUUGCUUAACAUCCUGCGGGCACACCCUACGGUAUGUACCAGUCAGCAGGCAUUCGUGGAGAGCGCACUGUGAGCCAGGGGUGCCAAGUAGCAAAAAAUAGGUGUUUAGGACCAUACAGGUGAGCAGGGAAAACAGGUUGGGUUUUGAGAAAGAUACAUUUCGGUCUUUGCCUAUCCAGGUGACUCACCAGAGCUUGCUGCUGGCCGGAGGCAGAAGCAUUUGUUGUUGUUUGAAGCCUUUUGAACAAACUCCUCUGCAUGGAAAUGUCUUUCUGAGUUUCAUGAGAUAAUGAGCAAAUGCCUGCCGUAGUGCCUAGUAGUUAGCUCCCGGAGUUAGCUCCCGGAGUCAGUGCUCAGUGAUGGUUAGUGGUCACCACGUUUCCCUCCCAUCCCCCUGGCGGCCUUUAAGUGGUCCUAAGGCCGACUUGGAGGAGCGGCUGAUUCGGCCCAGGUCUUGUAAAGCAUUUCCCAUAGACUUCAGUAUCUUUGGCUCUGUGCUCCCUGACCACGGAUCAGCAGUCAGCUGAGGAGAGUGAGGUGCGGGUGACAGCUCUUGGCCAACAGUCUGCUGUUUUUUCUCUUUGGACAUCAAUAUCCCCAACUCACUUUAGGUUUAGGUUCAGAAUAGUCCAUCAUCUGCUUGCCUAAUAGAAAAUGCAGCCAGUCCCACCCAGUGUUAGACUUUGGGACUUUUUAAUAUUUUUGACAAAGACAUGUAUUUCCUUAGACUCUUAAAGGUAAAACUUGGAAGACAGAAAUAGCCACCUGAAUAGGGCCAUUGUUUAGCUUCGGGGUUAUUCUGAGGGAAUUCUUUGAAGUUUCUUUAGGGGACCAACUUGGCCACUGCAGGAAAUCAUUGUGAAUAAAUGAUUUGCAGGGGAUCCUCGUGGGAGCUGCAGAGACUUCUUAGAUCCUUUGCAACCUUGGACUGUAAGAGAAACAGUUGCAAAUGUCAUGCCCUCUCUUUGAGGUUGUGGGGACAGUUCCUCUUGAUAUCACAAAGGUCAUUACCAGUUUUUAAGGUCAGUGUUAGGUCAUAAGGUACUGAGUUUAGUAAAGGGAUCAGUCUACCAACUUCCUACAAAGAUAUAAACUGCAGAGUGUUUCUUAAAAUUACUUAUUAAAACAGAUGCAAAGAGUAAGUAGAUCUUUAUAUAUAGAUAUAUAUAUUUAUAAUGUUUCCAUAUCAGCCCCAAUUCCCCCUGUAGUCUUGUUAAGUCUACUGAAAUGGGGAACAGCAAGGCUAUUGGAAGGAUUAUAAAGCUUUAAAAGCUGAACUUUCCAAAUGUCUCUAGUUGAGUUGAUAGCUUCCUUUUUUUUUAUCUUGCUAGUCUUUUGAAGUUUAAAUCUGGUAACAUUUUUGUUCUUGUAGUGUUUUUGUUAUUUUUCAGGUUAAUUACCCAAAGCCUCAUCCAUCCUCAAGAUUUUUAAAUUUUAUUAUUAUUUUUUAAUUAAUGGGGCAUUGUGUUUGUGAAUUGUUAAAAUAUUGUUUUAUUUAAGCGCCAUGCUGAGCAAUUGUUCUCUACAUGGCAACCAAAACCUAGAUUUCGAUCAAUUUUGAUCAAUGUGUAGUGAUCCCAAACAUGUACUGUGUACAAAUGAAAUAAUAUGGCAUAUUAGCCAGGUGUGAUGGUUGCCCGAGGCACUUAAAUUAAGCUCAAUUCUGUCUUUUAUCCCAGGGCUCCAUCACCUCCUUGAUCUGAAAUGUACACAUUUUUGGUGUAUACUUGGUACUAGAGAUUAAUGUAUGCAAAGAUUCUUAUACAAGCCUCCAAAUUGCUCGUGGUAAAAAAAAAAAAAAAAAAAAAAAAAAAAAAAAAGAUUAACUGUCCAGCCAGUGCCGGAAGAAAAGUUCUGGGGACGAUGACUCAGCCAUUUUGCCUGAAGACACCCUUCAGUAACUCCCACUGACCAGUCUUGGGAGCCAUCCUGGAAGGCUCGUUGUGGGCUGAGAAAAGGAGACUUUUUUUGCAAGAGGAAAUGGAAGAAGCUGUAAGAAGGGAGACUGAGAGCAAGGGAACCAAGAGAAAUCUGAAGAAUUCAGGAGAGAGGCCUUAAGAGGGAAGUGAAGGAAGAGAUGGCGAGAAGGGGAACCCCAGGGGAGGGGGGGAAUCACAUGAGGGUGCAAGAGGUUUGGGUAGGAAAAACAUUUUUAGGUAUGUGCUAUUUCAAGCCAGGGGUCGCAAACUCAGCAGCCUGCGGAAGCAAGGCAGGGAGAUCAGUCCGGGAAGGGGUGGGUGGGUGGUGGGGGGCUAUGCCCCUCUUAAACAGGGCAGCCAUUGGUCAGCUCUGUGCUGGGAAAAAGGGAGGGAGGGGCCGGAAAUCAGGAUUCUUUUUUUUUUUAAAGUGAAACUUUCUCAUUUUUAAACAAAAUCGUUUUAAAUUGUCCCACACACCAAGUGGGCCAAACAGAGCAUUUGCUUGAGCCUGGGGCCACCAGUUUGCGACCCCUGCUGAACAUGGUUAAUCCUCCAAGUAUAUAUAAGGUUAUAUUUAUUGUUCUGGAGAUGUCGUUAUACAUAGUUGGGGGUGUGAUAUUUCAAGUCCUUAUUUCUCAGAACUAAGCUUUAUUAUAGAAACAAACCAAAAAAAAAAAAAAAAAAACAGGGCCACAGAUAACACUUAACUCAUAGUUCCCAGAAGGACCCUCGAUCCCGGAGCUGUUCUUGUCCAGCUACACAUCCUCCAAGCAAACCACUGGGGGCCAGUUCUUGGCAUUUCCUUCCUGGUGAGUCGGUGCUCUGUCUCCAAGUUCACAGAUGAGUAAUCAGGAAGGAUUGCAGAAUAACUUGUUUCUUUCUGAUGUGUAUUUUGUUCUGAUUUUUAAAUUAGUCAUUUUUUUUAAGUAGUCUCCCAGACUGUGACUUAGCAGUGAUGGUGGGUGGCCUUGGACCCCAGAAAACCAGUGCUGGGUCUUCAGGCCAAGCUUCUUAGGCUUGUUACCAUGCCCACCGCCAAGAACACUGUUGGCUUCCACCAAAACUGACAUCCUCGCAUUCGGAAGGGAUGAACCAAACACGCUUCCAAAGCAUCUCUUUUUUUAACCUCAUGGAGUAAGUCACUCUUUCUGUAAAAUGUGGCCUUUGACUUAACUUAAGAAGACUUAACUUAUCCCUACCCACCUGGAGGAAGGCUAUUACCACCUUCCCCAGUAGUGGGGGAAAUGAACCUCAUUAACAUUUCCAGUGACCCUUGAGAGGGAAAAAAGUUCAGUGUUAUCAUCUUGGUGUUUGUUAAUUUUUUUUUUUUUUAAAUCACACGUCUGUUACUUAGACACUACUGUUUAUUUUCUUUUAUACCUACAUAGCACAUGGUUUGAUGGGAAUUUAGCAAGUAUAAGUUGGGAGAGGCUGAAGAUAAUAUGCAAUCAUCUAUACAGAGAGAAUAGCCUAAAAAAAUGAUAUGUAAUCUGGUUUUUGAAGUAUCAGAUAUUCAGGAAUAUUUUUAGCACCGUUUGCUUUAAAAAAUAAUUGUGCCUUGAUUCAGUGACUUGACUUUAAAACAUUCCUUAUUUUAUUGUUAUUUUAAAUGUGUAUUCUGACCCCCAGCUGUGUACUCUGAUGCAGUCUGCUGGCUGCAGUCAUAGUAUAUGGUUUGUUCCGAUAACAGAGACCAAAGGGUUAAUCAAAUAUGAUCCCGCUGCUACCGGUGUGUGAUUAAAAGUUUUAGAUCACACCACAUUUCCAUGGCCCAAACAGUUGGGGCCAGCCAUUUGUUUUCUAUUUCAGGUUGGAGUAAAUUUGCACUUUUAAUCUUUUGGGUUUUUUGAGGGGGGCCUGUUCUUUUAUACUUUGCUUUGUUAAUAAAGGAACUUGUAGAAAACUCUGGACUGAAUGUCAGAUUCGGGGAGGGCUCUCCUCUUCCUGAAGGGCAGCUUGUGGAUGCCCUGGCUUAUGAUUCCUUAUACAAGCUCACUCGCUUUCAGCAUCUGGGUGUCUGGGAGUCUUUUCCCACUCAGCAACGCUAGAAUAAUUGUAUACAGUUGGCGCUGUACACAGGCGGACAAGGAUGUUAGUUCACAGUUCUAUAGGUUUGCAGCCUGGGGUCCUGCCUUCAAGGCUUUUUCCUUGCCUAGAACCUUCUGCCUGGCUCCCACACACCCCCCAUAACACAAUUCAGGUCUUGGCCUGUAGCUAAUUUGUUGCUCAAGAAUUUUGCUCAGAAAUCUCUUAGGCCCUCGGGCCCUCUCCAAAUGGUAAACAUUUGCUAAUAGUGAAAAACCACGGGGCUUACUGAAAGAUGGAAUCUUGGAGAUGAUGCAGGACUCCUCAAAGUCUGGGAGCCAGGUGAAAGUUGAGAGAACCUGCAGCCACAGGCUGAUGAAACAGUGUUGUGUAGGAUCCUUGGCUCAGGGAGAGGUGGUGGGUCUGUUUUGUUCGGUUUUCCACAAGUAGCUGUUGAGUGGUUACUGUCCCCAGUGUUGAGGACCCAUGCGGUGACCCAGACGGAUGUGGUCUCUGUCAGGAGCUCGCAAACCCAUUGUGAGAGGUCGGCAGUUCCGUGGUUUCCAUGCAGUGUGGUGGGUGGUGGUGAGGAAGGGCUAAGGAGACAAGAGGGGCACCUUAUGCGGUUCGGGAAUUUCAGGGAAGGCUGCUCGGAAGAAGUGACAUCUACAUUGAGAUCUGGCGGUUGGUAGGAAUUCGCUAAGUGGAGGGAGCUGGGCAGGAGAGCAAUGUAUCAAGGACAGAGGUGAAUGGAGCAUUUCAGUUUGGCUGGAAAGGGGGGGUGGGCGGGAGGGAGGAGGCUCCAGCGGCAAAGGACGAGGUGGGAGAGGGAGGAUACAGGGGUCCUGAAGCCAGAGCUUCUCAAACCGGAAUGAGCAAACCACCUGGGAGUCUGGUUAGAGUGCACAUUCUGAUCCAGCUGGUCUGAGCUGGGGACCUGAGAUUCUGCUUUCCUAACAAGCUCCAUCGCGUGAUGGUGAUGCCGGUGGCCCCAGGGGCCACACGUCGAUCACAGGGCUGGAUACCAUGAUAAAAGUUUGGACUGAUCCCCAGAGAUAACUGGUGAACCACUUUAGGCAAGGAAUGGCAGGUGGCCUUUGAGUUUGGCUCACUCUGGCUGCAAGGUGGAGGAGGAUGGAUUAAGCAAGGGUUGGCAAUGCCUUUGUUUUUGUAAAUAAAGUUUUUACAGCUGUGCCAUUCCUUUAUAUACCAUCCCUGGCUCAAGUCAGCCUACACUGGCAGAGCUGAAUAAUUGCAACACAAUCCUGCAAAUAUUUACUCUCUGGCCCUUUAUAGGAAAAAAAAUCGGCUGGAAGUAAUCACUGGGAAGUCUUCAGGUGCUGCAGCAGUCCAGGCCUGGACAGGGGCCUGAGCGGAGGACAGAGAAACAAGUUGUCCUAAAGACAGAACAGAGCCCUGGCUAGGGCCAAUGCUUUGACACCAAAAGAUUUGUCUUCAAGUCUUGUGUCCCGCAUCUCUCAUCCGCGAGUCUCUCUACAAAUUACCUAAUCCUCGGGGCACCUGGGUGGCUCAGUCGUUAAGCGUCCUGCCUUCGGCUCACGUCAUGGUCCCGGGGUUCUGGGAUCGAGCUCCGCAUCGGGCUCCCUGCUCAGCGGGAAGCCUGCUCCUCCCUCUCCCACUCCCCCUGCUUGUGUUCCGUCUCUCGCUGUGUUUCUCUGUGUCAAAUAAAUUAAAAAAAAAAAAAAAAUUACCUAAUCCUCUCGGAACCUUGAUUCCCUCAUCUAUAAGAUGGGAUUCAUAGUAGAACCUCCCUUGUAGGAGUGAGAGAGGAUUUAGUGGGAUCGUGUUUCAUGUAGUAAGCACCAGAAACGGGCGGGCAGUGUAGAAGUAAUUAUUGGAAUGGAAGUUCGAUUUAGUCUGUGUCUCCAACCUCUUCCUCUGUUCCCUGUGCUGCUCAUUCUGUCUCCACUACAGGAUGGUUUCCCUUUUGUCCACACAACCAUCUCUCUAGCUACUCCGAUUUUGUUCUCUCUUUCCUUGAUGUCCCCGGUGAUCCGUUCAAGGAAAAGCUCUCACUCCAGGUACAAUGGUGAACUGAUGACAAAAAUGACCCCCAUGCUCCUUCUCUUCCUGCACUGAUGCCUUUGGGGUCUCGCCUACCCCUGAAACUGAAAUGACUGUGACUUUCUUUAGUCAGUAGAAUGUGGCAGAAGGGAUGUUGCCCGAGUUCCUGGCCUGGGGCUCAAGAGGCCCUGUCUGCCUCUGAUUGUUCUCUUGCAAGCUUUCUGCCACCGUGCGACUGACUAGCCUGCUGGAGGAUGGGGGACCGCGUGGCCCCAUCAAUCCUGUCACCAGAGCGGACAGCCAGCCACCUGCAAGACACGCGAACGAAGCCAUCCCACACCGACCUGACAACAAAUGGACUGAAACACUUGCCCGAGCCCAGCCCAGACCAGUCACACUUGGCCCAGAUUAGCAGAAGCACUCAGCUGGUCCAUAGCCUCCGAGACAUAACAGACAUUGUUUUAAGCCACUGAGGUAGUGAUAGUUGGUGGCUCAGCCAUAGCUAACUGAUUUGGAGGCUUAAAAAACCCAUGUGGCAUCCAUGGGCUGCCGCGGGAGUACACACAGGCUGUCCUUGACUUCUGUACAUUUGACUUUCAAGCGGCUGGACUUGGAUACGAGUGCUUGACCGAUGCCCCAAGCCACCUUGCCUGCAGGAAUCCAGACUUCCCUCACCAGCGGCCGCAGCGGGUGUCGGCCUGCCAUUCGGCGGCUGAGUUGGGCCAACGCCACCAUCUUCGCGCCAUGCGUGUACUCCAUUGUUUGACCGUGUUCCAGCACUUGCCCUUAUCUUCUAAAAACAAGAAGCAAACAGAGGCUGGGAAAACAAAAGUGCUGAUUCGGGUGACAAGCCCCAGGUCUCAAAGGUAAUGCAACGAAGACAGUGAUCCGCUGUGCCCGGAGUGCCCAAGCUUCAGCGGCGCUCGGCUGCCGGCUGCUUGCAGCUGAGCUGCUGGGCGGUGUGUUCACUUGGAAAAAGGAAAAGAACAGCCGCCACGACAGGCAUGUAGGAAACUCUACCCGUUGGGAGUACAUCUGGCCGCGAUUUAGAAAAACCUAAACUCUAGUGGCUUAAACAAAUGGCGGCUUAUUCUUCUGCAUCCGCCCGAGCCUGGAGGUGGGCAGCCAGCAGCUCGGGGAUGAAUCGGGGACCCAGGCAUCUCUCCGCUCUGCCAUUCUGGGUAUUUUCACUUUUAUCCUCUCCUCCUUGUCAUCUCGAGAUCCCACAGUUGCUGCUACAGCUCCUGACUGUGUGUAAGGCCAGGAGAAGAGAGAGCGGGUGACGGAAGGCAGCCCGUGUCUCCCUCCAUCUCGUUGGCCACGCCGGUGUCACGUGACCGCUCCUGGCUGCAAGGGAUGCUGGGAAAGAAGGCCUGGCACGUGGCAGGGAGCAGCCCCGAGCCGAACAGGAAGGAAGGGUGGGUAUUAGUGGGAAAAUAAGAUUUUGCUGCAGAAAGGCUAACAAGGGAUAGCAGGAGAUGGUGUCAAAGAAGAAGUAAUUAUGAAAUAGUUGCCUUCGUCCUUGCAUAUAGUAAAUGCUCAAUAAAUAUUAGAACCGAAGUCCCAGCUCUACCGUUCAGUGGCUGUAAUCUUUUGGGCAAGUCAGUUAACUUGUCUGGACGGUAAUUUCCUCAUUUGCAAAAUGGCGGGGGUGGGGAUAAUCCUGCCUUUUAUAGGUUUGUUUGGAGCAUCAAAGACUAACGCCUGUGAAAUUGAGAAAUGCUAUCCAAAUUUUAGCUGUUGUCUCUGGAGUAGUGCUCCAGCAUCUUCGGAACAGUAGGAAGGUGGAUCCAUCUCUUUUU